UCAACCUCCAAGGAGAGCGGUGCCGCCCUACAACCUUCGCCCCCUGCCCUCGAAUCUUUCCCACAACCCAAAAUGGCGGCCGGUGUGGAUUUUGGCGACCUGGAGCUAUUUGAGGCGUUUGACCCUCAAGAGGAGUCAACCCCGAAGCCCGUUCACACCCGCUUCAAGGACGACGACGCGGAGGAAGAGGACGACGACGACGAGAAUGGGGUGGGCGACGCGGAGCUGCAGGAGCAGCUUCGGCGCUGCGAGGAGACCAUCGAGCAGCUCCGCGCCGAGAAUCAAGAACUUAAAAGAAAAUUGAACAUUCUGACAAGACCCAGUGGCAUACUGGUGAGCAAUACUAAGAUAGACGGACCAUUAUUACAAAUUCUGUUUAUGAACAAUGCUAUUUCAAAGCAAUACCACCAAGAAAUAGAGGAGUUUGUAUCAAAUUUAGUAAAACGAUUUGAGGAACAGCAAAAAAAUGAUGUGGAAAAGACUUCCUUCAGCCUUUUACCACAGCCAUCCAGUGUUAUAUUGGAAGAGGACCAUAAAGUGGAAGAAUCAUGUACCAUUAAAAACAACAAGGAAGCUUUUAGUGUUGUAGGAAGUGUCCUGUAUUUUACUAAUUUUUGCCUUGAUAAAUUGGGGCAACCGCUACUAAAUGAAAACCCUCAGCUUACGGAAGGAUGGGAAAUACCCAAGUACCAGCAAGUCUUCAGCCACAUUGUUUCUCUAGAAGGGCAAGAAAUGCAAGUAAAGGCAAAAAGGCCAAAGCCUCACUGUUUCAACUGUGGUUCUGAAGAGCAUCAGAUGAAGGAGUGCCCAAUGCCUCGGAAUGCUGCUCGAAUAAGUGAAAAGAGAAAAGAGUAUAUGGAUGCCUGUGGUGAGGUAAACAGUCAGAGUUUUCAGCAGCGCUAUCAUGCAGAAGAAGUAGAAGAGAGGUUUGGAAGAUUCAAGCCAGGAGUUAUUAGUGAGGAACUUCAAGAUGCAUUGGGUGUGACAGACAAGAGUCUUCCCCCUUUCAUCUACCGCAUGCGCCAGCUGGGCUACCCACCAGGCUGGCUCAAGGAGGCUGAAUUGGAGAAUUCGGGGCUUGCACUCUAUGAUGGAAAUGAUGAUACUGAUGGGGAAACAGAAACUGGAGAAAUACAGAAUAAAAAUGUCACUUAUGAUCUCUCAAAAUUGGUAAACUAUCCAGGGUUUAAUAUAUCUACUCCCAGAGGUAUUCCAGAUGAAUGGAGAAUGUUCGGUUCCAUACCAAUGCAGGCAUGUCAGCAGAAGGAUGUGUUUGCCAGUUACCUUACUUCUAACAUCCAGUCGCUGAGCAUGAGGUCUAGCAGCAAGCGAUCUUCCUCUCAAUCCAGCCCUAAUAGUCCCAAGAAGCAGCGGAAAGAGGGCAGCUCAGCAGCCUCCCCUGCAGACAUGGAGCUUGACUCAGAUAUAGAGGUUCCUCCUGGUUCUCAAAACAGCAAAACGUUUCAGUUUCAACCACCAUUGCCUCCUGGCACACCUCCUCCGCUGCCACAGGGAACACCUCCACCUCUCUUCACUCCUCCACUCCCUAAGGGCACCCCACCACUGACUCCCAGCGACUCACCCCAGACCCGACCCAUAGCCAUGGAUGAGGAUGCCCUGACUCUGGAGGAGCUUGAAGAGCAGCAGAGGCAGAUCUGGGCAGCUCUCCAGCAGGCUGAGGGAGGCAACAGUGACUCCGAUGUUCCUGUGGACACACCUUUAACUGGGAAUUCAGUCGCCUCCUCCCCUUGUCCAAAUGAGUUUGAACUCCCUGUCCCAGAAGGAAAGGCCCUGGAAAAGCCAGUGCCGGCUGAGCCCCAGGGGCCAACUGCUACUGUGGAGACAGCUGGACCUGAGCCUCCCUCCAGCCCAGUGGCCGGGGCAGCAGUGCUCUGUCAGAAAGAAGAGGAAGUCACUGCAGAGGGGGACCCUGGAGAUGCUCUUCUUGACAAUGGUGAUGUGUCAAACUGUGACAUGAGCAAUGGAGGCAGCCAGCAGCUCCUUCAUCUGGACACCCAGCCUCCGACAGCUUCAAAAAUCCACAGCCCGGUACCUGACAUGAGCAAGUUUGCCCUUGGAAUAACACCCUUUGAAUUUGAGAACAUGGCUGAAUCCACUGGAAUGUACCUCAGGAUAAGAAACCUGUUAAAGAAUUCACCCCGAAAUCAGCAGAAAAACAAAAAGGCUCCUGAGUAAGGCCCCGCCGCAGCGCUGGCUGCGCGAUGAUCUGCAGCUCUGCGUUGUCCCCCCGACUGUGAUGACAGGUGAAGCCACUUCCCGUUUGCCCUUCCCACCUUCCAGAAUCUGCCCACAGGUUAACUGUGAUCUCAGCCCAAGCCUGUUUUAUGCAAUGAAGGACUGGGCAUGCGAGUGUGCUGUUUUAUUCUCACUUGCCAUAACCUGGGGUGUGCACAUGAGCUGGUUCAGAGAUGGUUGGUCUGGGGUAUAGCGUUUGUGGAUUGUGAGUGUCUGUCAAGAGGGAAGGGUUUUCCUUUGUUUGUUCUUUUUUUUUUUUAAAUGUCUUUUGUAAAUUGUUUUCCCUUUCUACAUUUUGCUAUUAUCCUGUAUAUAUAAGCUUAAUAUAUCACUUUUUAAAAGAAGAUUCUAACAAUUUUAAAUUCACAUUUCAAUUCCAACACCAAAUGAGAAAAAUCAGGGAUGAGCAGCUUUAUCCUGCUUGGGUUAUUUUUGUAAGAUUUUCAUGCAUGAAUUUUAAUAACACUUUUACUUUUUGUAAUUUAAUUAUUCAAAAAUGCUUCCAAUAAAGGUGUGCUCACCUUCGUGUACA